AUGAACGAAAAAAUAAUUCAUAGUUUCGAGGGUAUUUGUCCAUUAACAUAUUAUGGAAUAUAUGGCAUUAAAAAAAGUUUCAAUAUGCCAAAUUUUCCUUGUACGGAUUCUUCUGUACAAUCAUCACUGAAAAAACAUCUUAUGUAUAAACAUAAUCUUUCCAAUACUGCCGCAAAUAAAAUUGUUCUUGAUCGUAUGAAUAAUCAUAUUGAUGAAAAAAAAUCUCAUCGUAGUACUACAACAAAUGAAUUAAUAUUUAAUAAUACACAAGAAUUAUUUUCACAUUCAGUUCAUUGGCAUAAAGGUCGAUGUCCAUUUUCAUAUGGAUAUAAUAAUGUAUUUAAUUUAACAUUAUCCAAUCAUCAUAUAAAAAAUUAUAAUUGUCGACAUAUAAAACAAUGUUUAUUAUUAUCACAUUUACGUGUUUCACAUAAUUUAAAUAUAAAAUCAGCGAAAAAAAUUGUUAAAACAAUGAUGUCAUCAUCGAUUGAAAGUAAACAAAAAUCAUCAAUUGAAAAUGAUAUUCGAGAAAUAAUUUUAUUUCAAAAAGAUGAUGCUGUUUUAAAUACAAAUCCAAAUAUUUAUAAUGAUGAUCGAAGAUUUCGACAUUAUUGUCCAUUAACAAAUCCAGGAACAAUAUCAAAUGUAGAUAUUCAAGAACAAUCUCUAUUAAAUGUACCUUGUAAUAAAGCCAAUGAAAAAUUUAUUCUUUUCGCUCAUCUUCAACAUUAUCAUCAAAUGAGUGGUGAACUUGCACUUCGUCUAAUUCGUUCCAUCCGAACCAAUACAGAGUCAACAGUUAUUGAUGAUGUUGUUCCUAAUAAUAAUAAUAAUAAACAAUCGACAUCAACAAAUACAACAGUAACGGAAGAAAUUGAUAUUGUACCAUAUAAAUGUUUAUGUCCUUAUUCAACAACAUCGAAUAAUGGAAAAUCAACUUUAUUAAAAAAAUUUUCCAGAUUUGUAAAAAAUAUUCCUUGUGAUCGCCCGUGUCCAGUAAAUCUCUAUCGACAUUUACGAAAUUAUCAUAAAGUUGAUUUACAACAUGCAAAAGAUAUAACUCGAACAAUAAUGCUUAGUAAAACAGUCAAAUCUGAAAUUACAACAGAAGAUGAUCAACAAAAUAUAAUAACAACAAAUAAAAAACGAAUUAAAAUACCGAAACUAUCAAAUACUUAUGAAACAACUAUUUCAAUAGCACAUGUAGAUUUCAAUAAUGUAAAAUCAGACACAAAAAACGAAUCCAUUGAUUUCUUUAUUGAAAAUGAAAAUCCAGAAGAUUGGGAAUCAUCUAUGAUCAAUGAUGAAGAAUCACUUUUUUUGUCAUUUGAUGAAGAAAGAAUAAAUGAUGAUGGUACUGAACAAAUCUUCUAG